GUGUGCAACCCUUUCUUAAAUUUCCUACCAUUCCUCAUCAAUUUUCUCCUAAUUUCUUGCCUCAACCCCGAUUCAUACCUUUAUUUUUUGUUUCCAUCCAUCAAAUAUGGCUGGCCCAGUUAUUGGAUUCCAUCCUCACAGUUUUUGCAACCCUUCUGAUCAUUGUGUUGUUCCCCUCGGAAAACAAAAGGCUGCGCUAUCAGGAAGAGGACCAUUCAUUGUUCGCUUCAAGUUACCGCCGACUUCUAACAUCGCCAAGGUUGAAGUACCGGUGAAUAUUCAUGCACCCAGCAACACAAACGGAAAGGGAAAGGUUGUUGAUGCAAUCGCAACCGGUGUUAGCUCCAUGGCUGCGGACGCUGUUAGAAACACCGACAUUAGUCCUGUCCUUGCGACACAAAAGCCAAAGAUCGCAGGGGAGGAGGUAGCCACAACCAAGAACACUACCACCGAAGUACCGGUGAAAAAGAAUCAAGAAUCAAGAAUCAAGAGCACCGAGAGUGUAACGGUCGGAAAGGUUGGGUCGACUGCAGUGAAUAAUAAAGGAACCUGUAGCAGGUCUCCAAGCGGAAAAGUUGUUCAUCAAGACAGAAAUAUUGGAGAGCCGAUGAAGACUUCUCCCGAAGGACUCAAGAAUAAAGCUUCGGUGCCAGAGGGCAAGUAUGAAGACAAGUUUGAGGCUUCAAAGAGAAAACUUGUAGAACAAUACAAAGGAAUUCAAGAGAGCAGGAAGAAGAUCAAGGUGAUUGAACUCAAAGAUCUUCCCAAGCAAGGCACUCAUUCUGGUGCUCCUGCGCCGCCAACUAAGAAACGGAUGAUGAAGACCAAAUAUGGUCGACAUUAGUGCAAUGAAAUAGUAAGGUGUUUGGGACCUCCAUUGAAUGCAUUAUUUCUUGAUUUGUUAUAAAGUGCACAACAUUAGUAUAUACCAUCAGUUUAUGUAUUACUUGAAGCACAUAUAUAGUACAUAUGCAGUAUAAAUAUAUGAUGAUUUGAACUUCUUUUUCUCAAAAAUUAUUAGCAUUUUGUUAGUUCUACAGCAGGCUGUUUGGAUAAUAAAGGAAGUUUUGGUUG